AUGGCGAAUGCCGAAGUGAGCGUCCCUGUGGGUGAUGUGGUGGUUGUACCAAGUGACGGAAACGAAGGGGAGAACCCGGAGGAUACCAAAACCCAAGUGAUCUUGCAGCUCCAGCCGGUGCAGCAAGGGAUUUACCAAGAGGGCUCCGAGGCCAGCGCCGCUGUAGUGGCUGUCGAAACGCACACCAUCCACAAGCUAGAAGAAGGGAUCGACCCCAGCACCAUUGAAACGAACGAGGAGAUCGAGAUCGCCUAUCCCAUCACCUGCGGGGAGAGCAAAGCCAUCCUGCUCUGGAAGAAGUUCGUCUGUCCGGGAAUUAAUGUCAAGUGUGUAAAGUUCAAUGACCAACUGAUCAGCCCGAAGCAUUUUGUUCACCUGGCUGGGAAGUCUACCCUGAAGGACUGGAAGAGAGCCAUUCGCCUCGGAGGAAUCAUGCUGAGGAAGAUGAUGGACUCGGGGCAAAUCGACUUCUAUCAGCACGACAAAGUUUGCACCAACACCUGUCGAAGCACCAAGUUUGAUCUCCUGAUCAGCAGCGCCAGAGCACCGGUGCCGGGGCAGCAGAGCGUGGUGCAGACUCCGACAUCAGCUGACGGGAGCAUCACCCAGAUCGCGCUGUCGGAGGAGAGCAUGGAGGAGGGGAUUGAGUGGAACUCUGCUCUGACGGCUGCUGUCACCAUGGCCACUGAGGAAGGCAUGAAAAAGGACACGGAUGAGAUCUCGGAGGACACACUGAUGUUCUGGAAAGGAAUAGCUGAUGUGGGGCUGAUGGAAGAGGUCGUAUGCAACAUCCAGAAGGAGAUAGAAGAAGUCUUAAGAGGCGUCCAGCAGAGGUUGGGUCAGUCUCCCUUCCAGAUGACAGAUGCUGCAGUCUUGAACAACGUCGCCCACACAUUUGGCCUAAUGGACACCGUCAAGAAGGUUCUGGACAACAGGAAAAACCAGACAGAGCAAGGAGAGGAACAGUUUCUUUACACGCUGGCAGACCUGGAGCGGCAGCUGGAAGAGCAGAAGAAACUCGCCAAGGACCAGAAGGCGAAGUCCCAAACCAUCCAGAAUGUGGUGCUGAUGCCCGUCAGCGCUCCCAAGCCCCCCAAGAGACCCCGCCUGCAGCGCCCAGCCUCCGCCACCGUCCUCAGCCCCUCCACCCCUAUCCAGCAGCCUCAGUUCACGGUCAUCUCGCCCAUCGCUAUUGCGCCCGUCGGACAACAGUUCUCCGUGGGCAACAUCCCGGUGGCAACCAUUAGCCAAGGCUCCAGCCCGGUGACUGUUCAUACCUUGCCGUCUGGCUCCCAACAAGCCGUGGAAGGCACCUCGGACGAUGGGCAGACCAUCAUAGAGAUCGACCCAGCGCCGGAUCCUGAGGCGGAUACGGACGAGUCAGAGGGCAAAGCUGUGAUCCUGGAGACGGAGCUGAGGACUGAGGAGAAAGUGGUGGGAGAUGUGGAGGACCAUCAGCACCAGGUCCAUAACGUGGAGAUU